AUGUCGACUGCAGGUCCUGUUAAAAGAACCAGCAACAUCAAAAGACCAGAUGUGGGUACCAGAGAUAAAAAGCUGGAUGUAUUAAAGACUCAAUUGAAAAAGAUUGACACCGAAGUGCAGGCAAUCAGAAAGCAGAUCGACCAACAGCAAGCAGGUGGCAAUGGUCAAGAUCAGAGACAAGUGCUCCAGAAUGAGCUGCGUGAGAUCAUCAAGACCCAGAGCGACCUCAAGUCGCGCAGACAGGCGAUUCACGACCAAAUCAAGGCUUUGGACAGCGAGCUUAAGCGCAAGAAGGCCCAAAUUGGAACCAAGACUGGCGGUAAAGGCCAGUACCAAUCUACUGAGGAUAUUGCUGCGCGCAAGCAAACCAUUGACUCCGAAAUUUCAUCUGGGGACCUUUCCUUGGUUGAGGAAAAGCUCAUGGUCAAAGAAAUGCAAGCACUCAACAAGCUGCAGCGCGAUUUGCAAGCCAUUGAGCCCGUGCGCAAGUCCAUGGACGAUGACAGAGCUGCUAUAGCCGCUUUGAAGCAAGAACUCAACGACUUGAACCCCAAGGAUGUCUCCAACAAGUUCGAGACCACUCAGCAAAAGCUUAACGAGGUCCAAUCAAAGAACCAAACCGUCUACGACAAGCGUCAAACCCUUUUCAACAAGCGUUCUGCUCUUUACAAAAAGCGUGAUGAAGUUUACUCUCAAAUCACCCAAAUCCGUUCUGAUUUCGACAACGAAUUCAAGUCGUUCAAGCUAAAACUGGACAAAGAGCGCUUGAAGCGCGAAGAAGACCAAAAACUUUCUAAGUUGUUGGAAGAAAAAGACGCGGUCGUGGGUAAAUUGCAAGAAAAAUUGUUGCACGCUCGCCAACCUGCGUUCACCUACGAGAUUGGCGCCAUUGAAAACGUAUUGUGUGUUCUUGACCCCACCUACGUCAAGCCUGCUAAGCACCAGCUAGAGGUCCCAGCUGACUCUACAGCUGUAACCAAGCUCACUGUUAGAAAGGUCGAGGCUGACGACUUGGUGCCCAUCGUCAUAGAAAAGGCCGAAAGCUUUUUCAGUGGUGGCAGCAAGUCCAAGAAGAACAAGAAGAAACAAGCUUCACCUUCCAAUUCGGCUACUGCUUCAAAUGGUAAAUUUUCUUUGGAACCAACCAUGAUUGCUACUUUGGCAGAAUUGGACGUCUCUGUUCCUUUGAACAAAGACGAAGUGCCAAAGACUAUCGAACAACUCAAUGCUAAGCAUGAAGAUUUUGUUUCGAGACAAGAAGAGCAAACUGAGAAGAACAUUGCCAGUGCUGAGGCAAAGUUAAAGGAAUUGGAUUUAGAGUUCUCUAAGAAGGAAGAAGCUGUUAAGGCGGAACUAGAACAAAAAAGAGUCAAGGAACAAGAAGAAUCCAAAGAGGACGAGGAAUGA